CCUCGACCAGGGCCGGGAUCUUUCUCGCGUACCUGCUUUAUCCAGUCCAAUAUCUUCCCGCCAUAAGUAUGACAGGCAUUUCUGCUAGAAAUUUUUCCUUUCAUCUCCAACAAACAGUCGCUCGUUUCCUCUGUAUUUCCCCAUCUCGGGCCCACGUUCACUACAAACGGGUUCAAGAUGUGGUCGAAACUUUUCUUUCUCUUUUUGGCAUUCGUGCCGGUCUUCGUUCAUUCAUUGGCAGCCACGGAUGAGAUCCAAGAUGCCGACAAUGCCCAGUCCGGAUAUAUGGAUAAUCAUAACAUGCACCCGGCCACUGUCGGAUCCUCAAUUUUCGGUAUUUUAUGGAAGAACACAUAUGGUGCAAAGGAGAAAUGGUAUGCCAAGCCACUUGUCUACACCCCUCCAGGGAGUUCUCAGAUCGUGUUCCUGGCUUCGUCGAUGAAUGUUUUGCGAAUCUUGGAUGCUGUCAAUGGAACGCUUUUGAAUUCGAGGACGGUUCAACCUCCAUUUCUCCAGAGCGAUAUUGGCUGCACAGAUAUUCCUGACUACAUCGGAAUCACUGGGACACCAAUCAUCGAUCCGAAUACUAAUACCGCCUAUUUCUUCUCCAAAGGAUACAAGAAUGGAGCCUCGAAUGGUGGUGUUGCAAAUGGAAUCUACAGAUUCUAUGCCGUCGACAUACGCACACUGGCAGAUAAGCCUGGCUUCCCAAUCUUAAUUGAUGGACACUAUGCAGAUAAUGAUAAUACCAGAUACUUCAUUGGAGGAACCGUACUGCAGCGGCCUUCUUUGUCACUAAUCAAUGGGGCUGUAAUUGGAGCCUUCGGAGGUCAUUGCGAUCUGUUCAACUACACUGGCAUGCUUGUUGCAGUCAGUACUACUUCAGGCGUUGGCGUCACCUCACUCUAUGCUAUGGAAUCGUCUCCUGGAGCACCUGCGGUCGUGUCGGAUAUCACAGUACAACAAGGUGGAAAGGCUGGGAUUUGGCAAGGCGGGAUGGGUCUUGCUUCUGAUGGUUCUCGAGUUUUCUUGGCCACUGGAAACGGUCUGGGCCAUGCGAACGGCGAUGUCGCGGCUUCUGGAAGAACACCACUUUCGACACUGGACGAGGUUGUAGCAAACUUUGCGAUCUCUAGCACAGGAAAGAUCACACUUUCGGAUUAUUUUGAGCCCUACGAAUAUGUGUCGAUGGAUGCUGGUGACAGAGAUCUGGGUUCUGGAGGUGUUGCGUUGCUUGAUUCGACGGUCUUUAGUGGUACUGGAGUCUCAAAGAUGGCCAUGUCCAUUGGCAAGAAUGGCAAAGCCUACAUUCUGAACGCGAAUAAUCUGGGAGGUUUCAAGCAAGGAUCAGGAGGUGUUGAUAACAUUAUCCAAACUAUCAUCGGACAAGGAUCCGUCUUCGGAGGAGCAGGAUCAUAUCCCUUGGAAGGAGGUUACAUCUACUUUACCCCUGUUGGAUAUCCGACUGUCGCGUACAAGAUGGGUUUGGACUCUGCGGGAGCACCAUAUUUUACUCAAGUUGGUCAGACAGCCGCUAAUUCAGCUGGCAGAGUUGGAAUUGGUAUCCCAACCGUUACGACCUACAAAGGCCAAGCCGGGACUGGUAUCCUUUGGGUUUCGGACCCAGCUGCAGGACUGCAAGCUUACAAUGCUGUCCCUGUUAAUGGCAUUCUCACCAAACUUACAAUCCCAGCUACCGGUGGACUCAACAAGUUCCAGCGUCCUGCCUUCGGAGAUGGGCGACUGUACGUAUCAGAUACGAACGGAAAUGUAAUCUGUAUGGGAUCCCCAGUCGCGCUACCACUUCAAUGCUCUCAACCCGUCGAUUUUGGAAGUUUGACGAUUGGCGAUACUUCAACCGUGAUCAUCAACUGUACAGCGCUGAUUGCCAUCACUUCGAUCAAUGGAUGUACAACUGGAGAUGCUACCUGGCAGUGCUCGAAUUCUACACUUCCUAAAGGUGCCUUGGCCAAAGGUGCUACCUUUUCAUUCCCUGUCACGUGGAAUUUGACUCAAGCUUCUAUCAACAACGCCCAGAAUGCCUCGUAUGGGAAGGUUCUACCCGGAGUCGACAGUACCAGCUUGGAUAUCUAUACGACUAAUGCUGUUACCCAAUACAGCAAUAUCCUUCCAAUCUCGUUGUCCGGUACUACAGUUUCGAAGACAGCAUACUUGACAAUCACUCCUCCUGCUGUGGACCUGGGUGGUGUCGUUGUUGGCUCUCAAGCCGCUGUUUCUGGCCUAUCGGCAUCUGUCAUUCUUUCCAACGUUGGAGCUGAUACCUUGACAUUCCUGGGCUCGGCGUGGACAGCAUCAAUUGACACCACUCAAGGAAAAAUAAUAACUUACCACAACAUCACGAAUGGAAAUUUUGGGGCAAGUUUUAGCUCUACCAAUCUGCCGAAAGUUGGCGAUACCAUUGCCCCAGGUGCAUCUCUGACCAUUCCCGUACAAUUCAUCUCCAACAUCACGGGUGCAUACUCCACCUUCGUGCAAUGGUGGACAACUGGCGGUUCGUCAGAUGUCAUGUUGACAGCGUCAGCAUCAACGGCUCCUCUUGCAAACAUCUCCGUCUCCACUAUCGAAGGUGGAUGGGAUUACUCAGAACCUGUUGUUAUGGACUUUGGCGAUGUCCUUGCUGGCACCACCGUCUCGAGAAAUAUUCGAGUUUGCAACGCCGGUGGCUCGGCUUUGUUGAUCACGAAGAGCAAACCUCCCAUCGAUACUGAGCUUUUGGCACCUAAUUCGAAUGUCGAUCUUCACGAGGGACAAUCUAUCGAUGUUAACUCUUGUGCAUUGGGUCAGGUUUCUAUCGUUGCUGCACCGCUUGGUGUGGAUCGUCUUGCCCAUACUGUGUCUGAUGUUUGGAUUCUAAAUACUGAUGACGUUACAUUUGGUGUACACGACGUUCAAGUCACAGCCAAUAUUGUGACUCGCCAAGUUGGACCUUUGUUGGCGAAUGGCUCUUCCGAAUAUCUCUAUCUCGGAUGCUACUAUGACGGCGGUGGACGUCAGUUGUCGAAGCAGUAUAACAAUGCGACCAAUGAGAAUGGUUGGUGCCAGAACACCUGCUUUGCUGCUGGAUAUAAAUUUGCUGGGACUGAGUAUCAUACCCAGUGCUGGUGCGGAAACACAGCACCAUCUUACACGAAGUUCACUGCCGAUUCUCUCAAAAAAUGCGCCUUCUCCUGCCCCGGCGAUGUCUCCCAAGCCUGUGGAGGUGAUGGAACCUACAUCUCAAUUUACUAUGAUCGAACGAAAUAUGUUCCAGGUCCCGAUUCCAUCCCUGGAUCAUCUUCGAGUUCAUCGUCCUCGUCAGUCGUUUCCUCGACGACCUCGCUCAGCUCAAGGACAGGAUCAUCCUCGUCAGUUUCGAUUAGUGUUAGCUCGUCAUCUUCGUCCCUUUCCGUGUCGUCUACACGGAGCAGUACAUCUUCUAGUUCCAUCUCUUCUCUACUAAGCAGUACGACCUCGCUAUCCACGAGCUCAGUCUCGAACACCGUGUCAACGAGUGCUUCUGGAAGCUCUACUUUAAGCAGUACAUCAUCUUCAGCGUCUACGAAGCCUACAGGUCCAGCUAUUGUGAAGAAUGCAGGGAACUUUGCUUAUAUUGGAUGUUACACCGAAGCAACGAACGCAAGAGCCCUUACAGGUCUUGUAUACGCAAACGACAACAUGACUAUUGAGAUAUGUGCUGCUACAUGCGCUACAUUCACCUACUUUGGUGUUGAAUAUCAUCGAGAGUGUUACUGCGGUAAUACCUUGGGGACAGGCAGUGUUCAAACAGCCGAUAGCGGAUGUCUUGAUACUUGCACGGCUAAUUCAUUUGAAUACUGCGGCGGAGCUUCAAAACUUUCCAUGUACCAAGUGAAAGCUGCUGGAUCCAGCUCAAGCUCAUCUAGCGUUUCAUUGUCAGCUGCCUCGUCAAGCUCGAGUCGAGUUAGUAGCUCUUCGAGUGUACUCAGUAGCGUAUCCUCGCUUUCAUCUUCAUCAAUGAGCCAGCCAAGCAGUUCUCUACCAGCCAGCCUAUCAUCCGGUUCAUCAAGCAGCGCAUCUUCCCUCUCCUCAAGCUCGUCCCAGACCAUCUCCACCUCAUCCUCCGUCUUAAGCAGUCCCUCAACAACAACCACCUCCCAAACCACCACUCUUCUUACCUCAUCGUCAUCCCCAUCCCCAACCGUCCUCACCUUCCGCGGCUUCGCCUAUUCAGGCUGCUACUCCGACCCCGCUGGUGGUCCCUACGGAGGCCACAACAUGCCCAAACUCUUCAGCAACGACAGCAUGACGCCCGAUCUCUGCAUCUCAUCUGCCUUAGCCCGCCUAUCCGCUACGCCCGCGACCACAUAUCUCUACGCCGGCGUCGAAUACGGGCGGGAAUGUUACGCCGGAAGCGUGGCCCCUACGCCAGAACCUACGAGCCUUGUGGGAGCGAAGGCGUGUACGAUGACUUGUGCCGGGGAUAAGAGCCAGAAGUGUGGCGCGGGGAAUAUGUAUAAUCUUUAUGUGGCGACUUCAGUCACUGUGACCGGAACGGCGAGUGGACAUUGGAGUUCGGUAGCACCCACUAGUACGAUUGGAUAGAAAAAGCAAGUUUGGUGUUGAAAUGCAAUAUAGAAACUGGGCUUGAUGGACCAUACACAGGUUGGAUUUUGUGUUGGAGUUUGGGUGAGAUAUACGAAAAGUGAUAGAAACAGGAAUACUUGACGGCAUGUAAGAUAUAUUCAAGAAUAAUGAAACAAUUUCUUCCUACG